UUCAGCCUUUGCAUCAGCCGACAGCUCAUCGGGCAUCCGCUCUUGCUUUCCCCCUCCCUCGGCUCCUCACUUCUCUGUGCUCCUCUGCUGACUGACGCCGUACUUCUGCCACAAGUGCUGCCUCUACACUUUCUUUCCCCACCCGCUCCUCCCCCCCUCUACCUCCCGCCGCUCAUCCUCCUCAUCUUCAAGCCACCAUGGUGAACAGAUAGCCGUCCGGCCAUCCUGAGACCAUGGGUGCCUGCCUCUGCAAAGGUCACAAAGAGCUCCACCUUCCCAUGACGACACUGCAGGACCAGACUGAGGGGGGGCAGCCGUCCACUGUCACGGACGGUCCGAACCCCUCCGACGGCAAUGUGCCAGAUAAAACCAGCCGCUACGACAUUGGCGAGCUGGCCACCUCGUCUUUGAUAGGUCUGGUGGCCACGAUAAAGGAUCACAUUACCAAGCCGACUGCAAUGGCCCAGGGGCGAGUUGCUCACCUGAUUGAGUGGAAGGGUUGGGGCGGAGGCGGCGUGGCCGGGGGACGUGGGGGCGGCUGGGCCUGCGGUAGAGGAGGCGGCUGGGGGGGCAUGGGGGCCGAGCUGGAGGAGGAUGAACAAUUCUACUCUCAAAUGACGGACGAAAUCAAAGAAGCUCGCUUCGCUGCAGGAGUGGCGGAGCAGUUUGCCCUGGCUGAGGCGGCCAUGAACGUGUGGUCAAUGAAUGACGACAUGGAGCAGCCGUCCACCAGCUUACAAGCAGCACAGAGCCACUUCUUGUCUCAGUUCCUGCUGGACGGCGGCAGCAUCGGCAUUCCCCAGCACCUGUACAACAUCCACACCCAGACUUACGGCAGCGGCGCGGCAGCCAACCCGGCCCCUCUGCAGCGGGUCGACCCGACAGCGGCCGCUCGGCGGGACAACGACCGGCCCUUCGAGGACAGAAGCACUGUGACUGCAGAGGCUGCUGUCCGACACGUGGACAGCAGCUCGCUUUCCGAGGACGAUGUUUUUUACAACUAGGUCAGCAGCAAAUCGAGCCAGCAAUCUCGCUGGCAAUCUCUCAGAUGAGAGGACUUCAUGGGUCUCAAACACCUGCAGUCACAGAUGUCAAAAAACAAACAACUGUUGAUGUCUGUGAGCUAUCUGAAGAGAAAAUGUCUUGUCUUGACUAGUCUGGAAGGGUUUGAGAGCCUGGUCUUAUGAUACAGAGCCUCCUCCUUGGUAGAGACACACACUUUUGCAAAUGUGUAUAGUGCCACGUGAGAUAAACAUUUUUUUAUUCAAUGUAGAUAUUAUAUGUAGAACUGAACUGUGAAGAGUCCAAAAG